GGUCAUAGGCUCGUUGCCACAUUGGGCUCCAAAUCACGAACCAAAAAGGUGACGCGCAAAGCUAUUUUAGGAGUCAACCUCAAGAAGGCUUGCGAAACAAUCAUUGAGCCAGAAGCGCCCAUGGCACUUAGACUACAGAGCAAUUUGUUAUAUGGGGUUACCCGUGUCUACACUCAAAAAUGGGAUUAUCUACUUACUGAUGCGCAAGCGGUCCACUACAAUAUACGCUCAUUUUUUAAAACAUCUCAAGGCCAUCAGAUUGAUAAGAAUGCCGGUAAAGCUAGGCCCGAACAACUUGUGUUAGCGGAUGAUCCGGCUUUUGUAGUUGAUAGCCUUCUUGUACCCCCACCACUUGACCUUGAGGGGAUGGGACUAAGAAAUUCUCAUGGCUCUUCUCAGUCGAUAUUUUCUAUUUCACAGAGAAGAGAUUCUGCUAUAUCAGAUGACAACAGUUCUGUCAUCGGACUGAAUAUACCAACCUCAAGCCAUGAUGGAAUGAGUCCUUACCAUGCUCCCAGCCAUAAAUCAAUAGGAGAUUCAGUCAUCGCAGAGGAGGGUGUAUCGCAUAAAGCAGUUACUGAGGACGAAGAAAAUUUGCUUCUACAAAACGAUGACUUAUUUGAGAUUGAUGAGGAUGGAAUUAUUCGUGAGCUAACUGGUCAUGAAGAGCGACGGCAUAGCUUCGACUCGAUGAGCCCAGGUGGGGGUGGACACAUUCGUAAGAUGCAUCUUGAUGGUACUGUGGGUCAUCGAUUUCCAGACCCAUCUCUAACCAGUAAAAAUGUGAUUCACGAUAAUGUUACUAAUGAAUAUAUGAGUGAAUCAAAUCUCCGAUCCCGAAAACAUUUCUCACUUGUCAGUUAA